GGGGCCCUUGGGCUCAUGCGGCAGGCCUCAGCUGCCUGUGGGCUGCCCUGGGGCUUGCAGGGGGAAUGCAGUGCUGACAGGAAGUGGCUUUUUCUCCUGCAGCAGAUGGCUGAGGACAAGGCCUCUGUGAAAGCCCAGGUGACGUCCUUGCUCGGGGAGCUCCAGGAGAGCCAGAGUCGCUUGGAGGCUGCCACUAAGGAAUGCCAGGCUCUGGAGGGUCGGGCCCGGGCGGCCAGCGAGCAGGUGCGGCAGCUGGAGAGCGAGCGCGAGGCACUGCAGCAGCAGCACAACGUGCAGGUGGACCAGCUGCGCAUGCAGGCCCAGAGCGUGGAGGCCGCGCUCCGCAUGGAGCGACAGGCCGCCUCGGAGGAGAAGCGGAAGCUGGCUCAGUUGCAGGUGGCCUAUCACCAGCUCUUCCAAGAAUACGACAGCCACAUCAAGAGCAGUGUGGUGAGCAGUGAGCGGAAGCGAGGAAUGCAGCUGGAAGAUGUCAAGCAGCAGCUCCAGCAGGCUGAGGAGGCCCUGGUGGCCAAACAGGAGGUGAUCGAUAAGCUGAAGGAGGAGGCCGAGCAGCACAAGAUGGUGAUGGAGACUGUUCCAGUGCUGAAGGCGCAGGCGGACAUCUACAAGGCGGACUUCCAGGCUGAGAGGCAGGCCCGGGAGAAGCUGGCUGAGAAGAAGGAGCUGUUGCAGGAGCAGCUGGAGCAGCUGCAGAGGGAGUACAGCAAAUUGAAGGCUACCUGUCAGGAGUCGGCCAGGAUUGAGGACAUGAGGAAGCGGCACGUAGAGGUCUCCCAGGCCCCCUUGCCCCCCGCCCCCGCCCACCACUCCUUUCUCCUGGCUCAGCCCAACCAGAGGAGGAGCCCCCCUGAGGAGCCGCCUGACUUCUGCUGUCCCAAGUGCCAGUAUCAGGCCCCUGAUAUGGACACCCUGCAGAUACACGUCAUGGAGUGCAUUGAGUAGAGCCGGCCAGCGCAAGGCCACUGCCUGCCGAGGACAUGCCCGGGAACGUGCUGUCUGUGCUUUCUUCUCCUGCCUGCGUAGCCCAGGAUGAAGGGCUAGAUGACCACGAGUAGGGUGCUGCCUGGAGCCCCAGGAGCCUGCUGCGGUGCCUUAGGCUUCAGCUCUGGAUCCACUGGUCCCCUCUUGUAGGGCAGCUGCAGUCCUGAGCAGGCCUGAUACACUGCUCUUCUUGUUGCCUUCUGUCUGCUUGAACCACUUGCCUUGGGCUGAUCCCUCCUUCUUCCUCCACUUCCCACUGGGGAAGUCAAGAAUGGCGACCAGGUGCUCUCAGGGAGAACUGCUUCCCCACUUCCCUGGGCAGAGCUGGGUGGCCGCUCUUCCUACUGGCCACCGACCCGCCCGCUGCUGUGCUCUGGGAGUGCUGCCCUCUUACAGUGCACACGGCUGCUGUCCUUGUGGACCGCAUGCUAUCCCUUUUUGCAGUGAGACCGAUGUGUAUUUAACCAGUCACUAUUGAUGGACAUUUGGGUUGUUUCCAGUCUUUUUGUUACCAUAAAUAACGGCACAGUAAAAAUCCUUGUGCAU